AUGGCAGCCCCACUCUACACCACUGCCUCCGGCCAACUUUACCACGCAGGUAAAAUCCUAAUCGCAACCGUCGGGCUCCCAGCUCGAGGCAAGACCCAUCUCUCCCACGCAAUCGAGCGCUAUCUCACCUGGCUCGGAGUCAAAUCCGGAGUCUUUUCCCUCGGUGACCACCGACGUAAAGUUCUCGGAGGAGCCGACAAGAUCCCCUCCGACUACUUCGUCACCGGUCCCAAAAGCGAAGAAACUGAAACCCUCCGCAAACGCAUUCUCGACGAUUUCGACGACACCGUCGUCGAUUUCUUCUUCAAACAAGGAGGUCAAGUAGUCGUCUACGAUGCGAACAACUCGAUCCAAGCUCGACGCUAUGCAAUCCGAGAGAAGUACGGAAAGCUAGGAGUUCAUGUGAUCUUUUUAGAAAGCAUCUGUACCGAUCCCAAAAUUGUCGAGGCUAAUGUUAGGAGCGUCAAGUUAGGCAGUCCUGAUUAUGUCAAUUGGGAUCCCGAGAAAGCGAUGCAGAACUACUAUUCCAGAAUUGCAGGUCACGAAAAGACGUAUGAACCGAUCGAAAACCCAAGCUUUCCAUAUAUAAAGCUGAUCAACGUGGGUGAACAGGUGGUGGUGAAUAAUAUUCAAGGCUAUUUGCAGUCGAGAAUCGUGUUUUUCUUGAUGAAUAUUCAUAAUAGGCAAAGGACGAUUUAUUUGGUUAGAGCGGGGGAGGCACUGGUGGAACACCUGUAUAAGGCGGAUGCCGAUUUGUCUUCGCUGGGAUGGGAUUAUGCGGAUGAGUUGGCGCAGUUUAUGGUGAAUUUGAGGAGGAAGAAAGCGGGUUUGCCGCCGCUGAGUACGCCGAAGGAUGGGACAGAGAAGGAUGAAUUCAUGGAACAAGACUCAAAGGCGUUUGAAGUGUGGACUUCUCAACGACGUAGAUCUUCCCAUACAGCCUAUCCUUUGGCUGAGGCGGGGUACAAGGUGAUCGAGAGGAGUCAGCUGAGCGAGAUGAAUCCUGGUAUUGUUGACGGCAUGUCGGUGGAGGAAGUUAAGCAACGUUUCCCAGAUGAAUACGAGCGCAAGUUGCGCGAGCCCUACUCGCACCGUUUCCCUCGUGCAGAGUCUUACCACGAUCUUUCCGUGCGAUUGGAACCGAUCAUCUUCGAAUUGGAACGGACGAGGAAUGACGUAUUGAUCAUAGGUCAAAGUUCAGUGUUGCGAUGUUUGAUCGCAUAUCUUCAGGGUUUGCAGCCACACGAGAUUCCGAGUAUCCAAGUAAGGGAGGGGCAGUUGAUCGAGAUUCUGCCACAGGCAUACGGGGUCAAGACCGAGGUUCAUGAGUUUUGGGAUCCCGUAGCGAGGAGGAAGGAACGAGAUGCUGCGUUCGAUGACUUGGAAGGCGAAGCCGGUGUGGAUGUUCCGGCGAAACCGAACAUGGUUCACAUCAAUGAUGUAGUUAUGACGAGUGAUGCGGCCGAGGCAGUGGUGGUGGACGAGAUGAAGGGAGAGGUGAAGCUGGUCCAACCACCGGGCAAGUUGCAGUGGGCUAGGAGGAGGAAUAGUUUAGGAAGGAGUCCAGAGGGGAUUAGAGCGGAUAGGGAGGCUAUUCAGGAAUUGCAAGCGCAGUUGAGAGAGAAUCAGAUCAAGGAACAUGGCGAGAGGCCGAAUCUUUGA